GCUGGCUAGAGCGUGAGGCUUAUAACCACAAGGUCGGAGGGUUCGACACUCCCCCUUGAGCGUUUUUAAACUUUUAUAAUAGUUUUUGUUUUAAAUCUUUUUUUUUCCUCUUCCCACGGCUUCUUAUACUAUAGGAACGAACGAACGUUCUGGACGAAGAAAAACAAAUCGAAAUUUCGAGAACCCUCUCGUCUCCUCUCUCCUAACACCCCUUGUCACUUGUUUUUUAAGCUUUCGCCAUCAUCGAAGAUGCCACCACACAACUCCAAUGGCAGAAGAAGCAAAAUCAAAAGGAAACGCCGCCUUCUCCUCGGGCGACUACGCCUCCGCGAUCACCCACUUCACCUCCGCAAUCAACCUCUCCCCAACCAACCACAUCCUCUACUCGAACCGCUCCGCCGCCUACGCAUCCCUCCACCGCUACGCCGAAGCACUCUCCGACGCCAAGAAAACCGUGGAGCUCAAACCCGACUGGGCCAAAGGCUACAGCCGACUAGGCGCCGCCUACAUGGGCCUCUCUCAGUACAAAGAAGCGACCGAUGCGUACAAGAGAGGCCUCGAGAUCGAUCCGAGCAACGAGACGCUGAAGUCGGGUUUAGCCGACGCGUCGAAGCCACGCGGCGGGCCAUCGUCGAAUCCGUUCGUUGAGGCGUUUCAAGGAGAGGAGAUGUGGGCGAAGCUGACGGCUGAUCCGGGAACUAGGGCUUAUUUGCAGCAGGCGGAUUUCGUUAAGACGAUGAAGGAGAUUCAGAGGAACCCUAAUAAUCUUAACUUGUAUAUGAAGGAUAAGAGAGUUAUGCAGGCGUUGGGUGUUUUGUUGAAUGUUAAGUUCGGUGGUGGAGAAGAUGCGGAGAUGCAGGAGGCUGAGUCGAGUCCGGAGCCGGUCAAGAAAGUUGAACCGGUGGUUGAACCGGAGGCGGAGGCUAUGGAGGUGACGGAGGAGGAGAGGGAGAAGAAAGAGAGGAAGGAGGAGGCGAAGAAGGAGAAAGAGUUAGGAAACGCUGCUUACAAGAAGAAGGAGUUUGAGAAGGCUAUUGAACAUUAUAGUAAGGCGAUGGAGCUUGAUGAUGAAGAUAUAUCGUAUCUCACGAAUCGUGCUGCUGUUUUUCUUGAGAUGGGAAAGUAUGAGGAGUGCAUUCAAGACUGUGACAAGGCUGUUGAGAGAGGCAGAGAGCUUCGUUUUGACUUCAAGAUGAUAGCAAAAGCUUUAACUAGGAAAGGAUCUGCGCUGGUGAAAAUGGCUAAAAGUUCGAGGGAUUUUGAACCUGCGAUCGAGACUUUCCAGAAAGCUCUUACGGAGCAUCGUAAUCCGGAUACGUUGAAGAAACUAAACGAUGCUGAGAAAGCUAAGAAAGAGCUGGAGCAACAGGAGUACUUUGAUCCUAACAUAGCCGAGGAGGAGCGUGAGAAAGGUAAUGGAUUCUUUAAAGAACAGAAGUAUCCAGAGGCAGUGAAGCAUUACUCAGAAGCAAUCAAAAGAAACCCGAAGGACGUGAGGGCGUAUAGCAACAGAGCUGCUUGUUACACAAAGCUAGGAGCAUUACCAGAGGGACUGAAAGAUGCUGAGAAAUGCAUUGAGCUUGACUCAAGUUUCUCCAAAGGAUACAGUAGGAAAGGAGCUAUUCAGUUUUUCAUGAAGGAAUACGACAAAGCCAUGGAGACGUAUCAAGAAGGGCUGAACCAUGAUCCUAAGAACCAGGAAUUGCUUGAUGGUGUUAGAAGAUGUGUGGAGCAGAUAAACAAAGCGAACCGGGGUGAUUUGACUCCGGAAGAAUUGAAGGAGAGACAAGCAAAGGCUAUGCAAGAUCCGGAAGUUCAGAACAUAUUGUCUGAUCCGGUGAUGAGACAGGUACUGGUUGAUUUGCAAGAGAACCCAAAAGCUGCACAAGAGCAUAUGAAAAAUCCGAUGGUGAUGAACAAGAUACAGAAGCUGGUUAGUGCCGGUAUUGUUCAAGUUCGGUAGAAUGGUAAUGCUAAAACCAGAAUUCGAAGUAAAAUGUAUCAAAGUUUCUACCGGGUUGUAUUGGUUAACUGAGAUUUUGAUCUGGUUUGGGUCAUGUUUUGUGAGUUAUUGUCGUAUCGUGUUCUCUUAUCUUUUUUUCUUUAUCUUAUUUUGUGUUUGCUUCCUUCGAAUCUUUUCAACAGAAUGUGUUCAAGCUUUUCAGGCCAUAAAGCUGGAACUCCUACCCUCUAUAUAUUAAAAAAUAUUUGAAAAGUUGUAACACUAAAU